CCGGCCAUUCCACUUUCUCCGAACAUUCCACCUCUCACCUCCGUCAACCUCUUCGAAAUCCAUCAAACCAUCAUCGAGUGGUGGUUCUUCUUGGUUGUCUUUGCCCGCCAAGCAUUGCCAUUGUUCAGGCCGGUGGCAAAACUCACCCUGUUCUCGGGGAAAUUGCAGAGUUUAAGGAGUCUCAUUGCAGCGUCGCGCUCACUCGGAAUUGGUUUUCUUCAGGCAACCGCUGCCACUUUUUCACCAAUUAUCAAACCCGUCAACCCAUCACCAUGUCUCGCAACGGGACCACGCUUUACGUGUCCGGCUUCAGCCACGGCACUCGCGCGCGCGACCUUGCGUACGAAUUCGAGCGCUACGGCCGUCUGGUCCGCUGUGACAUUCCGGCUCCGCGGUCCGCGAGCAGCAGGCUGUUUGCUUUCGUGGAGUACGAGGAUCGCCGCGAUGCGGACGACGCGUACCAUGAUAUGCACAACAAGCGCAUCGGUCGCGACGAUGUGCUGAAGAUCGAGUGGGCUCGUACCCCCCCUUCCGCUUCGUGGCGGUUCGACCGCAGCGAACGGGAGCGUGGGCCGCGCCGCUCUUCUCCGCGCCGUCGGUCGCCCAGCCCGCGCCGUCGCGACUAUUCCCCCAGGAAGGACGAUCGCCGUGACCGCGACCGGGACCGUGACUAUGACCGUGAUCGCCGUGACACCCGCGACCGCUCGCGCAGCCCCGAUCGCGAUCGGGACCGUGAGAUCAAGGACGACCGUGACCGUGACGACCGCGACCGUCGCGAAAACGGCGCGAAUGGUGACGACAGGAAGCCCAUCGACAGCCCCGACCGGCCGGCCCACGACGACCUCGAUGUCGCCGAAUGAACGCAUUUUGCUCGGGAACCCCCUUCUUAAUCGCGAUUCCGGGUUCUGGCUGUAAGACUGUCACUGAUGCACUUUCGGCGUUCUCUUCCCUCCUGUGGUGGAUUACUGAUGUUGGACGUCUCUUGGGCGUUCAACCUUCUCAAGCUCGUUACCCCUGUUCCCAGUUUGCGUCGGCCGAAUGUGCGCUCCCGAUUGGGGCUUCCAUAAUACGUUCCAAUUUGGAGAAUACAGCAGGGACAUCCGCAACGACGGACCCUGAAGAGGCAGUGGGACGUAGACUUACGCAUGCGAUCGUUUCAUCUCCUUACGUUUUUGGUGGAGUCGGUGGGAAGCUAAAAUAGAUAAACUGUUACGAGUAGGUAGCAAUCGCAGGUUGGUCUCUCAA